AUGAAUUUUAUUUUAAUUUCAUUAAUUUUACUUUUAUUCAUUUAUUUAUUUAUUUGUCAUUAUUUUCGUUUUCAACGUGUUAAAUAUAUUUUAACAAAAUAUAAUCAUGUUCAUCUUGAUUAUCGUAAAGCACAAGAAAUUAGUCUUCUUACAAGUUUAUUCGAUAUGCCCUAUCUAUCGCAGACAUCUACUUCAUUUGCUCUCUUUAAAACAUAUGGUAUUCCAACUAUUUCACAACUACUUGUUCGAACUAACCAAUUAGCUAACUUAGAUGUUGCUGGUCGUCGAGCUGAAGAUACAGGUAUACUUAUCAGUGAAUUUGGUCUUCAUGAUCUUGAUUCUCAUCGAGCUCGAAUGGCUCUUGCACGUAUUAAUUAUUUACAUAGUUUAUAUAAAAAUCACAUAAGUAAUGAUGAUAUGCUCUAUACAUUAAGUUUAUUUAUACUUGAACCUAUUCGAUGGGCAAAAAAAUAUGAAUGGAGAUCUUUCAUAUCAAUAGAAGAAGAAGCUCGAUUUAUUUUUUGGAAGACAAUCGGUGAACGAAUGAAUAUUGAAAAUAUUCCAUUAACAUGUAAAGAAAUAGAAAAAUGGUCUGAAGAUUAUGAAUUAAAACAUAUGAUCUAUACAAAAAAUAAUCAAAUAUGUGGAGAAGCUACACUUAGAUUAAUGCUUUCAUUAUAUCCUGAUUGGAUGAAAAAUUUUAUUCGUAAAAUAUUAAUAUCAGUAAUCGAUGAACGACUUCGUUUAUCGAUGGGUUUUGAAGAAGUAUCAUUUUGGAUAAAACAUUUGACUAUAAUUAUAUUUAAUAUACGAGCUUUUUUUAUUCGUCAUUGUACACUUCCACGUAUUUAUCCAGAUGAUUUUGGUCAAGGUCCAAAAUCAUGUCCAAUGAACAAAUAUGGAAGAUAUCAACGAACAGGUUAUGUAUUUGAACCGUGGUAUGUGAAAGAAACAUGGUUUAGUAAAAUAUUACCAUUUAUUAAAAAACGACCAGGUCCAAUGUAUAAAAGUCAAGGAUUUAAAGUUGAAGAAGUUGGACCUGAAAAAUUUGUUUGUAAAGGUAUUGAAGAAAUGGAAAAAGAUGCAGAAAAUAUGAAAACAAGAGCAAUUUUUCAAAUUAUCAAUCAUUCGGAAACAUCAGUAACAUUUCGAGUUGAUUUAGCAAGUCAACAUGUUAAGAAUCGAAUGGAACAAGAGAAUAAAAAUGUUUGGGGUACUACGUUUGAUACUAAUAAACAUCUUAUAGGUCCACAAAAUUUAAGUGGUCGAUCUGUGUUUGAUAUAACUCCACUCGAUGGACUAAUACCAGCUGGUGGUAAAAAACAAUUAACAGUGAUAUUUAGUCCUGAUCAUGAUUCUGAUUUCUUUUCGGAUCUCGUUCGUAUUACUAUUUCUGAACAGCCUGUCAAACUUGAAUUUCGUUUACGAGGUACUGGACGUCAAAGUACUGUGUAUAUACGACCAUUAGAUAAUGGUAAUAUUGUACAAAAAUGUCUUUUACCAAAUAUAAACGAUGCAUUAACUAUGCAAAUGCAAACAACAGAUCCUAAUGAGAAAGGAAUACCAAAUAAUAUUCUUGUUGUACUUUGUGCACUAUUUAUUAAUGGAAAAUAUGUACCUGCUCAACGUGAAUUAAUUAUUGGUUGUGCAUCAGUAUCAAGUGGAUCUAAAAAAAAUGGAGAUUACACAUUUGAUAAUUUAAAAGAUAUUAAUAGUGAAGGUUUUAAUGUCGAUGUUCCAAAAGGUACUGUUGAAACGGGCACAGAAAAAAUCGUAAAAGUCACUUGGACACCAUCAGCUAAUUUUGAUCCAAAUGAAACAUGUCGAGCAACAAUUAAUGUAACAACAAAAGGCGAUAUUGUACGAAUAUGGCGUAUUAUUUUAAUUGGUUAUGUUGAAAUAACUUCAUCAUCUGAUAAACGAUCAUCACGUACUUCAAAAAAUCGUCGUAUAAUUACAGCUGAUACUCGUUCACGUGUGUCAUUAGGUGGCACUAGUCAACGAAUAGGAAAACAAGUAUCGACACAAGAAAAUAAUUCUAACAUAUUGACAACAUAA